CUCGAAACCUGCGUGAUCUCGAAGCUUCUGGGUGGAAUGCCGAGCCUUCAGCUGCAUAUAGAUUUAAGUUGUUGCAGGUGGCGCUUUGCGGGGAGACUCCGCAGUUCGCAAGUUUCAAGGCCAAUGUCUCAAGUUUCAACUCCUCUAGACCACCAACUUCUCAAGAGCCUUAAUCCCUCAACCAAACUUCAGAAUCGAGCACUACGAAGUUAUCCCCACCCGCACUCCUUACAAUGCCGCAUCUCUAUAGCAAUGAUCAACUCAGACGGUACUUCGAACACAUCGGGCUAGGCAGCGAUUUCGAUCUUGCCCAGGAGCCUUCUUUGUCGCUCCUCACCAAGCUGCAGACGCGGCACAUGGUGCGCGUCCCCUUCGAGAGCCUAUCGCUGCACUACUCGAGACACCGCCUCUUGUCGCUCGACCCGGAGGAUCUCUUCAAGAAGAUCGUCGAGAAUGGCAGGGGCGGAUACUGCAUGGAAGUCAACGCCUUCUUCGCCACCGUCCUGCGCAGCCUGGGAUUCAGGCUCUACAGCGCUGGCGCAAGAGUUAAGGGACCAAGCGGGUACAAGGGAUGGGACCACAUGGUCAACAUCGUCACCAUCAACGGCGAGCGAUACCUAGUCGACGUCGGAUUCGGCUCCAACGGGCCCACGCACCCCAUCCCGCUGCACGACGGCGUCGAGUUUGAUGGCGUACCCCCCGCUCGCGGGAGGCUGCAAUAUCGGAAGCUCGACGAGCACACCGACCCCAACCAGCGCGUGUGGCUGUACGCGGUGCAGGCCGCCGACAGGGAGGACUCCUCCUCGGCCUGGAGGGACAUGUACCACUUCGUCGAGACCGAGUUUCUGCCGGAGGACUUCGAGGUGAUGAACCUCGCGACCAUGACGGCGCCGCAGAGCUUCUUCGUGCAGAGCGUCAUGUGCAUGUGCACGAUUCUGGAUGAGCAAGAGGAGCGCCCCGUUGGGUUGCUGAUUCUGCAUAGGGAUUAUGUGAAGCGGAGGGUCGGGGGUGAGGCUGGGAUCAUUGAGCUGUUCGAGACCGAGGAGCAGAGGGUCGCGGCGCUGAAGAAGUACUUUGGCAUUGUGCUGAGUGCUGAGGAGAAGAAGGCAAUUCGGGGGCUGGCGAGCGAGAUCAGGUCGAAGGAGAACCAUGCAUGACGGUGUGGGGGGUAGGAGGUCUGUCGAGGACUCGAGCUAGAUGAUAGAUUCUAGACUCUAGAGUUAAAAUAAUAAGAGCCUUCACCAGGAUAUUAGGCUUGGCCAGAACAGUGAACUGAACGAUAUCGGUCGACUUAUGAAUUGAUUGGAUAACCUGAUCAACGAUUCAACGGAGUGG